AUGUCAGACCAAUCCUCCCAACCGGCAUCCCGCUUCACGCCGCAAAACCAAACGACUACCUCGCGGCUGUCGACCAACACGGUCGGCCUGGUCGCCCUCUCCGACUUUCGCAAGCGCCGCGCCGAAGUCCUCGAGCAGCAGGAGCGCGAAGCCCGCGAGGCCGCGACUGCUCUUGCAAAUGCAGCAGCUCGCACAAGCACGUCGACGCCCGACCGGUCCCUGACCACGACGCCGAACAACGCGACGAGCGCUGAUAACAGCGAAGGCGAACGGCAAAAGAAAAGGAAGAAGGAGAAAGUGAAGCGCGCCAAGGCGCUGGUGUCGUUCGGAGACGACGAGGAGGAGGAUAUGGAGGUAGGUGGGGUUGUUGGGUUCAAGAAAGCUUCCAGCCGUGAUGGAGCAGGGAAGAAGGAGAAAUUGAAAGAUGCCGGCGAAAACGGCAAUGAGGCGGCCGCCGCGACGGAGCCAUCCUUUGGCGACGACAGGGGCCAGGACAAGAACCAAAAGCCGGCAGCCAAGGUCCCCAUCAACGCAUCGGUCGGCGUUGUGCCGCGGGCCUUGACAAAAGCCGCGCUCCGACGCGAGGCUGCCGAGAGGGAGGCGCUGCGGAAGGAAUUCCUCUUGCUCCAGGCGGCCGUCAAGGCGACCGAGAUCGCCAUCCCCUUCGUGUUUUACGACGGAACCAACAUUCCCGGUGGUGUCGUGAGGGUCAAGAAGGGUGACUUUGUCUGGCUGUUUCUGGAUAAGAGCCGCAAGGUGGGCGCGCAGCUGGGGGUUGGUGCGGACAAGAGCGCCAAUGCUCGUCGCGACUGGGCUCGCGUCAGCGUCGACGACUUGAUGCUUGUGAGGGGAACCCUGAUUAUACCACAUCACUACGAGUUCUAUUUCUUCAUCAUCAACAAGACCGUCGGUCCCGGCAACAAACGCCUCUUCGACUACAGCGCCGGAGCUCCUCCAACCCCUGCCACCACCGACGCCCCCGGCGCAGCUGGCAUCAAUAGCCGCGCGCCCGCUCUCUCUGAACUCGAAGGGGCGUCGGAUGACCCGACGUUGACCAAGGUGGUCGACCGGCGGUGGUAUCAGCGCAACAAGCACAUCUACCCGGCCAACGUGUGGCAGGAGUUCGACCCGGAGAAGGAUUACUCCAAGGAGAUCCGGCGUGAUCCAGGAGGCAAUGCUUUUUUCUUCUCGAGGUGA